UCCGGCAGCGGCUGGGAGCGGCCGUUGGGAGCCCGGCCCCUCCUGGGCCUGCCUGGCGCAAGCAUGUUUCUUUCCUCCCCGGUGGCCGUGCUGUGUCUGGGUAUGGAUGGCAAGAAAUACAGCGUGUGGAUGUUUUUACCUCUUGUGUUUACUGUGUUUACAUCAGCUGGAUUAUGGAUAGUGUACUUUAUAGCAGUGGAGGAUAACAAAAUUAUCCCACUAAAUGUACUGGAUAGGACACCCGGUUCCAAAAGACCACCUUAUAUAAGUAUUGCAGGUGACGCACCUCCUGCAAGCUGCGUGUUUAGCCAAGUCAUGAACAUGGCGGCAUUUCUAGUACUUGUUUUGGCUAUCCUGCGCUUCAUUCAGCUGAAGCCGAAGGUGCUAAACCCUUGGCUGAAUGUCAGCGGCCUGGUGGCAUUAUGCUCGGCCUCUUUUGGGAUGACCCUACUCGGCAACUUCCAGCUUUCCAGUGAUGAGGAGAUCCACCUUGUGGGCACAUCACUGACCUUUGGUUUUGGGACCUUGGCGUGCUGGAUCCAGUCUGCCCUCACCCUCAAGAUCAACCUGAAGAAUGAGGGGCGGAAAGUCGGGAUUCCACGAGUCGCCCUGUCAGCCAGCAUCACCCUCUGCAUGGUGCUCUAUUUUAUCCUCAUGGCACAGGGCAUUCACAUGCAUGCCUCCAGGAUCCAGUGGGGCCUGGUGAUGUGCCUUGUGUGCUUCUUUGGUACCUUCGCAGCAGAGUUCAGGCACUACAGAUUUGAAAUCGUUUGCUCUGAGUAUCAGGAGAACUUUCUGAGCUUCUCUGAAAGCCUGUCAGAAGCCUCUGAGUACCAGACGGAUCAGGUGUAGCUGGUGCUCUGAUGGGGGGAGUGGGGUAGGUGUGGUCUCAUGGGUUAAACAUGACCUCAUUUACACUUC